UUCGCGUCAUCGCAUUGAGCGCCACCCUUAAUACUCUCGGAUUUUAAAUGAACUCAGUCGCUUAUUUUGGAGUUGUCAAGCGGCCCCAUGAACAGUGCUUGCAUUGUGUUUCGGUCAUUAAACGUUUGUCUUCAGGAGGUUCUUACCUCUCACUGGACGGAUCUUCUGAUAGGCGGCAGUAACCCCAGGGUGCGUUCGUGCGUGCGCACGCGCUUCAUGAUGGCGGACUGGUGUCCUGGUUAUCCUUGGUUCCAACUCAGUGCCCACAUACAGACACAGACUCUGCGGGAAGUGCAUUCUUCAGAGAAGGAAACGAGGAGCGUGAAGACCGCUGCCAUUUGGUCAUGUGCUGACACUUUUCGUCCCCACCUUGACAUUAGCGUAUUAAAAGUGGCUUUGGGUAACCGGACUCGGACAGCGAUAUGUACGCUAACUUUACACAUUUGGCUGACAUGGUUGUCCGAGGUGUCUGUGCCACUUUCUGCCAUGUUGCCCGUUUUUUGUGGGUGGCCACCUGCCCAUCACUGCGAGGGACCUCCGCCAAAUGAAGGCUGGGAGAGCCCACAGUCCCUUGAGGUUCAUGGGGAAUGCGCUUUGGAGUUGGAGAGUUUUGUCGAUUGCUGCGCUUUUGAAGAUUUACUGGAUGUCGAGACCCUGUGCUCUAUUUUCAACUUUGUCUUGGAUUUCCGGUUGGGACUUUGUUCACUUUUGGGCUAAUUGGGCAUUGUCUUAUGUGCCUUUU